ACGCGUACACCAUAUAAAUAGGCCCGGACCGAAGAAAGUAAAAACAAUAAUCUUUCUCUCGCCGCGGCAGUCCCGAACCCGUAACACCGCGACCGACCGACCGACGAGACGUAGCGCGCACCAGCGAACCGCGACGACGACGACGAUGGCUCUUCUUUUGAAAUGCACCUUGAUGGUUUUGAUCGUGACGCGUUUGACAGUGUCGGCGGAUAAAUUGAAACAGAAUCCACAGACGUUACAAAAUUUUUCUCCGACAAACGGUCCACUACAAAAAUCGUCUGAUGAAUUGAAGCCAGAUUUCAUACCUAUAUACCUCUAUGCCAGAGAAAAUUCAUUGGACGGAGAUUAUAACUUCAGAUACGAGACCGGGAACGGCAUUGUCGCCGAGGAACGGGGCGUCAUGUUGAACAAAGGAACCGAGAAUGAAGCUAAUUCCGUGGUCGGGUCGUACAAGUACAUCUCACCGGAAGGCGUGCCGAUUGAGGUGUCAUACACCGCGGGCGUGGACGGCUUCAAGGCGUACGGCGCGCAUCUUCCGGUCGGGCCACCGGCCGCGGCGUCCAACCUGCCCAAGAACUUAGCCUACAAGAAUGCGGUCGUAAGUGCGUUCGCCCGGCCGCAGUACAGGACGAGCGGCUCCGUCGAUUCGCCGUCGACAUCGGACCUCGCGCCCGAAGCCGCCGCCGCCACGUACCAGUCCACGUUGGCCACGUACCAGUCGACGCCGGCCCCGUACCAGUCGACACCGUUCGCGUACCAGUCGACAGAGGACGCGUAUCAGUCGACAGAGAACGCGUACCAGCAGCCGAUAUCGGCCGCGGCGUCAGGUUCGACGGAAGCGCCGAGAAUCGAACCGUCCAGUCAACAACCGAUCGGUGCGGCACAAAACACACAGGUGUUUGAGUCAUCCGAAAAGCCGUUGCAGCAGAGCGUGGUGUUCCAAGCGUCGUCCGCGAGCAACGAGGUGGAACAGUCGCAGAACACUCCGUUCGUCAAGGCUCCGCAGGCGGUCGAAUACUACCAACAGCAGCAGCAGCAGUCCGUCUCGAGCCAAGCACCGCAGGACCAGGCUUUUUUUCUGGCCACGGCUUCGUACCCCCAACCGCAGCAACAGCAACAACAGCAACGUCAACAGCAACAGCAGCAGCAGCAGCAGCAGCAGCAGCAGCAGCAGCAGCAGCAACGUCAACAGCAACAGCAACAGCAACAGCAACAGCAGCAGCAGCAGCAACUGCAACAGCAGCAGCGUCAACAGCAACUGCUACAACUGCAACAGCGUCUCCCAUGGCCAGCCGAAAGAUUCGAAUCGCCCAAACCCGCGGUCGCUCCCGGAUCCGUCGUACCCGUUCUUCAGACCGUGCCGCAACCGCUUCAGACUCAGCCAAAGGUCGUGCCGGUGUUGCAAAGGGUUGUUCCCGGGUAUCAGCAGCAGCAGCAGCAGCAGCAGCAACAGAUCAUCGUGAGGCCGCGGCCACAGUCGGUUUUUAACCAACAACAACCGGCUUUCAACCAACAGCAACCGGCCUUCAACCAACAACAACCGGCUUUCAACCAACAGCUACGUCCUGGCGGACCUCUACGUCAGUUCAACAUAGAACCGCAGAACAUGUGGUACGUGCAGCCACAAGCGCCGCAAAAUCGUUACUUCCAAAUGCCUCCGGUCCAACGAACACUGCUGAAGGAACCGCUCAAGUACUAGUCGGCCACCACCGUCACCGCCACCACUGCAGGGCUCAAGACAUUUUUUACUUCGUAUUAUAUUUAUUUUUAUUUUCAUACUUUUACUUGUCAGAAUGAGUAAGAUAGGUUUUACUGUCGAUUUUUGUAUUUUUUUAUUUUUAAAAUAUAAAAGUGUGUUCUCUCUCUCUAUAUA